UGGCAUUGGAGAGAUGUUAUGUAGAGUCUAAAUCGUUAUACAAGUCUAGUAGCUGGUCACCGCCGAGCACCGACACAGAGGGAGAUGGGGAGGUGGAUGAUCUUUGGCGUAUUGGUGGUACUGGUAGGAGAAGCACUGGGGGCGACUUAUCAGUUGGUGACCCAGAAGAAGUCCUUCUAUGACGCCGAGCACUACUGUCAGACCCAUGGUGGUCACUUGACCUCCGUCCACUCUGCCGCCGAAAACCAGCACGUGUACAACCUAUGUAGACAGCAUUCUGGCCGUUACUGCUGGAUCGGGCUGGAGAGAGAGUCGACUGGCCACUUCCGGUGGACAGAUGGAUCAGCUUUCAGCUACAACAACUUCCACUCUGGUGAGCCAGACAAUUAUAACAAUGAGGAGGGUUGUGCGCUGAUGCCCUUGCAUGACUCUAACUAUCCUAACGGCCUGUGGAGCGACAAGAAGUGCGUGGCUCAUUACGAUCUCUCUUACUUCGUGUGCAAGAUGUCCGGGUCCUCACAGACACACACCAGUGCACCUGUCGUCACAAAUCCGCCAAGUCAAACGCUUACUUCUGGCACACACAAGUUGUAUGUACAAGGGACAAACCUGAUGAUGGACGGACAUCGUGUCUUUUUGUCCGGUACUAACCAACCGUGGGUUGCUUACGCCUAUGAUUUUGGGAACCACCAGUAUGCCUCGAGAAAGACUAAAUUUGAGCAGGCUCUACAACAGGUCCAUCAGGCUGGAGGAAACUCUAUAAGAACGUGGAUACAUAUUGAGGGGGAGACAUCUCCGCAGUUCUCCAGCGACGGUCAUGUGACGGGAUUCGAUAGGGACGGCACGUUCAUUAGUGACAUGCGAGAAUACCUUCAGGCCGCGAGGCGUUAUAAUAUCCUCGUCUUCCCUACACUUUGGAACGCGGCUGUCAACCAGAACUACCACUACCGUUUAAAUGGUCUAAUCAAGGAUCAGUCUAAGCUCCAAUCCUACAUUGACCACGCCCUCAUCCCAAUGGUUCAGGCUCUAAAAGACGAGCCGGCCCUUGGUGGUUGGGACAUCAUGAACGAGCCCGAGGGCGAACUUAAAGCAAAUGUGUUCAGCGCUGACCCAUGUUUUGACACAAGACCACUGAACAACCAGGGUCCCGGUUGGGCCGGUAAACUAUACACGGCCCAGGAAUUCGCCAAAUUCAUCAACUGGCAGGCUGAUGCCAUCAAGCGGGCCGAUCCUCAGGCUAUGGUGACCGUCGGUGCUUGGAACCCCAAAUCCAACACUGAUAACUUUGGCUUCCACAACUUGUACAAAGACGAGUGUCUAAGGAAAGCUGGGGGGAAGCAGUUGGGAACCCUCACCUUCUACUCUGUACAUACGUACGAUAAUAACGGUCAUUUUGAUGGACAGUCCCCUUUCCAGCAUAGUUUCAGUGAUUUUGGUCUAGACAAGCCUGUUGUUAUAGCGGAGUUCAAUCAGAAUAAAGGAGGCGGCAUGACCUCACAACAACAAUACCAAUAUGCAUACAACCAUGGAUACUCGGGCGCAUGGGCAUGGGCCUACGACAAAGACUGGUCAACGGAACAAGACGGCGUGUCUGCUAUUCGAUCGAAAAACGACCAAUCAAAGGGCGGCCUAGUUGCGAUCAAUUUGAAUUAAAAUUCUGUUGAAUGUUU